AUGGAGAUCACGGACGUGAAAGCACGAUGGAAGGAUGUGUGGUUUUCCUUUUGUCUGGCGCUGCUGAUUCUGACCAAAUUAGAAGGAAUCUCUGCUCAAAUAAGGUACUCCAUUCAGGAAGAAUUAAAACCAGGGACAGCGGUUGGAAAUGUAGCCAAAGACCUCGGACUGGAUCUUGGGAGACUGGCUGAUAGGAAUCUUCGAGUUGUGCAAGGAACAAAGCGAGAUCUGUUCGAGGUAAAUCCAAGGGAUGGAGUUUUGUUAGUGAACCAGAGAUUAGACAGAGAGGAGCUGUGUGCAAAAACUGCCCCAUGUGUCACGAAUUUAAAAGCAGUUGUAGAAAAUCCACUCGAAAUGCACCAGGUCGUAGUUGAAAUCCUCGAUGUAAAUGACAAUUCGCCGAAAUUUCCUGAAGAAAAUUACACACUGGAGGUGCUGGAGUCUGCCUUAGUGGGGUCUCGAUUUCAGCUGGAAGGAGCACACGAUUUAGAUGUGGGUUUGAAUUCAUUACAUUCAUAUAAGCUAAAUCCGUACCAGCAUUUUCGUUUGGAAACAGAGGAAUUUGGGGAUGACGGGAAAGUUCCGUUCCUAGUAUUACAAAGACCUUUGGAUAGAGAACAUACAGCUCAGCAUUGGUUACUAUUAACAGCUACAGAUGGAGGAAAACCAUCAAAAUCUGGAAAGAUGAAUGUCACGGUAAUUGUAUCAGACAUAAAUGACAACCCACCAGUCUGUGAAAAACAAAAGUACACAGUAACAAUAAAGGAAAACGCACCCGCUGGAACAUUUCUGCUGACGGUAAAUGCAUCUGACUCAGACGAAGGGCUGAACGGUGAGAUUGAAUAUUCUUUAAAGAGUAAACUUAGAGGACUCUCGUCCGAUACGUUUGAUUUGGAUAGUAAAACUGGAAAACUAGUUGUGAAAGGACGCCUGGACUACGAGGAAACCCAAGUUUACGAGAUUAAAGUAAUGGCUACGGACAAAGGUGUUGUGGCUCUGUCCACACUCUGCAGCGUAAUUAUUAGAGUGGAAGAUGUGAAUGAUAACCCACCAGAAAUAGAAAUCACAUCUUUUUCGAGUCGCAUUCCAGAAGAUGCGCCCCCUGGAACCGUGGUGGCAUUAAUGGGUGUGACGGAUCUUGACUCAGGUGUGAACGGACAGGUGGUUUGCAGCGUGCCCCUUCAUUUACCUUUUGAUUUGAAGCCCUCCCCUGACGGUCAGUCAUACUCUUUGGUUACCAAAGAUUACCUGGAUAAGGAAACAACGCAUAUGUAUACCAUUACAGUAACAGCUAAGGAUUUAGGAAGCCCAACUUUGUCAUCAACGAAGGUAAUACAGGUAGAGGUGCAAGAUGUUAACGAUAACAGGCCUCUUUUCACUGAAAGCCCGUAUACCUUUUAUGUACUUGAAAAUAACAAGGCAGGAAUGUCCAUUUUCUCAGUCAGUGCUACUGACGCGGAUGGAGGUGAAAACGCGGCAGUGACAUAUUCACUUGUCCGUAUGAGCCCGGGGCUCACUAUAACCACGUUUUUAAAUAUAAACGAAGCAAACGGAACGGUUUCAGCACUAAAAAGUUUUGACUUUGAAACACUGAAAACUUUCCAGUUCCAAGUUGUUGCCUCAGAUUCGGGAACUCCGUCAUUAAGCAACAAUGUCACAGUCAACGUCUUCAUCCUGGAUCAGAACGACAACGCUCCAGUCAUCCUGUAUCCACUCAGCUCCAACGGUUCUGCUCAAGGUGUGGAGGAGAUUCCCCGAAACGUCAACGCAGGACACUUGGUGACUAAAGUCAGAGCUUAUGAUGCUGAUAUAGGAUAUAACGGCUGGUUGCUCUUUUCCCUCCAGGAAGUGACUGACCACAGUCUCUUUGCUUUGGACCGCUAUACAGGACAGAUCAGAACACUUCGCUCAUUCACAGAGACAGACGAGGCUGAGCAUAAACUGCUCAUACUGGUCAAAGACAACGGCAACGUUUCUCUCUCAGCAACAGCUACUGUGAUUGUCAAGCUUGUGGAGCCCAAAGAGGCUUUUGCAGCUUCAGAUGUUAAAAGUGCAGCAAAAGAUGAUGAGGACAGUAAUGUCAUAUUUUACCUCAUGAUAACUUUGGGUGCAGUUUCUGUACUUUUUCUCGUCAGCAUUAUUGUGCUGAUUGCAAUGCAGUGCUCCAAAUCCACAGACUAUACUUCUAAAUAUCUGCCAGAGACUAAUUAUGAUGGGACACUGUGUCACAGCAUCCAGUACAGAUCAGGAGAGAAGCGGUACAUGCUAGUUGGACCCAGAAUGAGUAUAGGAUCUACUAUAGUACCAGGAAGCCAUGCAAAUACACUCGCACUUCCCGACAGAAGAGGUGCUACUGAAGAGCACUGGCCCUGCCCCUUCCACAGAGGUUUUGUUCUGGUGGACAGAGAGGAGACGGGAUCUUAA